ACAAAAAAUCUAAUUGGAAAUUGAAACCUGAUUUUCCAAUGGAGUCAACCAAAGAACAACACGGGUUACUGCACCAGAUCCUACCCCCGUGCCUUGAAGAUGCAGGCCUCGAAGAUUGUGCUCUUCCGCCUGAAUCCAUCCACCAAGCAUUCCUUAAAGCAGCCGUUGCCGUGAAGUCCGUCACCGCGAUUUUCUCCGAUGAUGAUGACAAGACCGCCGAAGAUUACAUCAACGACCCGUGGCCAACCGCAGCCGAGGGAACCUCCGAUGCUGUGAUUGGGAUCGAGCCGGAGAACGAGCUGCCCGGAGCAUGUGCCGUCGAGAAAGGAUGCGAAAAAGGCGGCGAUGAGGUGAAGGUCUCUGGUAGUAGCAGCUGCGAAGUGGAGGAGGUUGUGGACAAAAUUGUGGUUGGAGAAGGAGCUAAAUUGUGGGGAAGGUGAAGAAGAACCUCGCAUUGAUGAAUUGCAAGGUCUGGGAAUUGAAGAUGAUGCAAAGAAGAAUAAGAAGAAAAAUUGUAAAGAAGAAGAGAAGAAACCUACUUUAACUGAAGGCUAUGUAUGAAACGCUGAAAGUUGAAAUUUCCUUCGGAUUUUGUUCUGGAUAGC